CCUAGCUGUCUUUUGUUAAUGCGCUUGCGAUGUUUUGAGAAUAUAUUUUUUGUCAUUUACUUAUUCGGACCAAGAAGAGCUUACAUGGAACAGACUAAAGAGACGGCGAACGUCGUGUCUUAUAAGGAGGUGAAGGAAUUGGUCUUUGAUAAACAAGAAUGGAGAAUGCUACACCGACAAGAGCGUGGCUCGUGAAAUUAGUGAUGACUUAUUCGUUAAACAAAUGCGUGAAUCCGGAGUUGCAAGCCAACGUGCUAUCAGCGUCUGGUCUGGUUGAAAUCAUCAACAAGUAUAAGGAAGACAUCUGCGACAAUGACAUAGAUAGAGCCAUACUUUGUACUGAUGACCUCGAGCCGUUCUUGCGAUACAAAUAUCCUAUAUUGAGACUCAGGUACUUCUGGGAAGAGAAGGACUUACCAAAGAAGCUCUACUUAAUGGCAUCCGUCCUCCUCUACCAUUGUUGCAUUAACUCCAUCACUGGUGCAGUGGAGGCCGACAUUUGUGACAAGUUGGCCAGGCACGAGCGAGAGAUGAUACUGAAGUAUUGUGAGAGUCUGACAGAGAUGGAAAUCACUUCUAACAACGUUGAAAUCGCUAUUAGACAGGCCUGUGAACAGGUGCCGCCUCCAGGGGUGAAGAAGAGAAGAUCACCCACACCAAAACCUUCGAAGCCUUUAGACGACUUGACUUCGGAAGCGGAAACCAAUGGGACUCAGAGUCGAAAAGCAUCUACGUUAACAUUUAAAUCUUCAGUCACUGUUAUGUCUUCUUGCCUUACCGAGUCACCUUCUUAUUCGAAGACCUGUUUGAUUCCUGACUCUUCAAAUGAAACUUCAGAUACAUACACCUUAAGGUUAGAUGAUUAUAGUGGUACUACGACAAUGGAUUCAAAUGAACUACAUAUGUGCAAUGAAUCUGAUAAGGAACAAGAGGGUGAUGCCAAGAAUAAGGUUCAAGAUGCAGCUAAGGAGAACAAGAAAGGCCAAAAGAAAGAAGACCCUUGCGCGUGCACAGCAAACAGCACGGACAUAUGCUGCGCGACAAUCAUACCUGACUGCGCGAACUGUACCAAGUCUAGCGAGAAGAGAUGCUCCUGGUUGACCACCCUUCGUAAUAGCAGCAUCCAGAAAUUAGAUUGUCUAAAGAACAAAUUUAAUGAUAGUAUGUUCCGUCGCAAGGAUAAUAAGAAGAUGAUCUACUGGAUCAUUGGCAUCAUAGCGGUCGUGUUACUAAUAAUAUUAUUUAUUUGUCUGGUGUACCUUUUAUUUUUUAACAAAAAAGGGACUACCACCAGUCUUGAUGAUGAGAGUCAGAAUUUGUUGGGCAGAGCUGGAAUUAGCCCCUUCGCUUACCACCCCACCUGGGCAUGGCAUUGCAACAACAGCCUUUGUAUCAAGGUGUAUCAACCACAAAACAGAUCUGAUACCUACACAGCACUGAGUCGCUGCAUUCUCAUCUGUUCAGGUCCACAAAUAUGGCCCCAUCCCAUUGGGUUAACAUACUUCAGCAAAGAUUUAGUAGCCCUUGCUACUGACAGGUUAGAGUACAAAUUCGUUUCAAUUCCAUCUGAUGUGGUCAAUCAAUAUCUGGCCGAAGCUUUCAAGCUAUUUCUUGGUGAUUUAGCAAGAUUGGAAAGAAUUGAUGUGAAGAAUAGAAACCGAAGCCGCGAUAUUCAAGUGAAGAAAAUGGUACUAAUGAUUGAAGUGGAAUCGGAUUAUGAUCCAAGAAUGAGAAUGAAUACUGACGAGUCUUAUAACCUUAAACUUGAGGCUGAUUCUGAGAGAAUCAAGAUCAACAUAGUGUCUCCAUCUUUCUGCGGAGUGCGACACGGACUCGAAACCCUGAGUCAAAUUAUUCUCCUAGACCAGAGCUCAGGGUAUCUGAUCACAGUGUCAGAAGCAGUUAUCAAAGACUCCCCAAGUUACAGAUACAGAGGCCUAAUGCUGGACACAGCAAGGAAUUACAUACCACUUCCAGAUAUACUUAGGACUAUAGACGCCAUGGCUACUUGCAAACUAAAUACUUUCCAUUGGAGAAUCUCUGAUUCCGCCAGCUUUCCUCUUCUACUACCGACCUUGUCGAACUUAUUCGAAUACGGAGCGUAUGAUAGAAGUAUGGUCUACUCGAAAGAUGAUGUGAAGACUGUGGUGAAUAGAGCUGGUGUUAGGGGUAUAAGGGUUUUGAUAGAAGUGGCUAUACCAGGCCCUGUAGGAAGAGCUUGGUCAUGGUCUGAUGACGCCACAUGUCCUAUGAAAAAUGAUAAUUACACUUGUGACAAUGUCAUUUGUCUCCGCUUGAAGAUGAGAGAACGCGUUUUCGACGUCAUCCAGCACAUUUACUCCGAGAUCCUCGAGAUGACUAGAGUCGAUGAUAUAUUUCACAUGAGUGAUAGCGUAUUUUCGCUGUCAAAUUGUUAUUAUCUGAUAAACGAAAGGGAAGGUUUUCUGGAGAAGGCUCUGGAGCGUCUGAAGCUGGCCAAUAAGGGGUUUUUACCGAAAUUGCCUGUGAUUUGGUACACGUCACAUUUGAAUCAAGAAGUUGAGGCUAGGUUUUGGGACAGGUACGGAGUCCAGUUGCACGCAUGGCCGACACAGCCUGAUCGUUCGUUGGCCAAAUACAAAGUUAUCCAUUCCAGUAGAUGGGACUUGUCCUGCGAGAUUAAGAAACAAAGAUGUACUAAGUACAGAUCUUGGCAAGAGAUGUACGCGUGGAAGUCUUGGCGGACCAUCGAGGUUCUCUCCAUCGAGGGCGGAGAGGCUAUUUUGUGGACUGAUAUAGUGGAUGCAGGUAACCUGGAUUACCACCUAUGGCCGCGUGCGGCGGCGGUGGCGGAGCGCCUGUGGUCAGAUCUGGUGGCCAAUGCGACCGCUGGUGGGGAUGUCUACAUGCGGCUCGACAGUCACAGAUGGCGCAUGCUCCUCCGUGGUAUGAAGGUGCAACCCAUAUGGCCGGUCUGGUGUAGCUUCAACCCCCACGCUUGUCUGGCUAAGCUGCAGAGUUGGGGUAAUAGCUAA